GCGUCGUCGGGCCGCCUGAGGGAUGCGGAGGGACCAUGGCCAGCGACGGGGCGCGGAGGCAGUUCUGGAAGCGGAGCAGCCACAGGCUCCCGGGAAGUAUCCAGCAUGUGUAUGGAGCCCAGCACCCUCCUUUUGACCCAUUAGUACAUGGCACGUUGAUUAAGACGGUCCCCAAGACACCAACCACCCCAGUGAAACCCAAGAAAGUCAGCACUUUCCAGGAAUUUGAGAGCAACACGAGUGAUGCGUGGGACGUGGGGGAGGAUGAGGAUGAGCUCCUGGCCAUGGCGGCCGAGAGCCUGAACACGGAGGUGGUCAUGGAGACGGCCAACCAGGUCAUCCAGAACCACAGCCGGCGCCAGGAGCAGCACCGGGUGCCGCAGGAGCACGUCUGCGGUGACGGCGAGCGGGCCGAGCAUUUCUCCGACCUGCCCUCGGUGACGGGCACUGACAGCAGGCUGGUGAAGUCUGUCAGUGAGAGUCACACGUCCCAUUCUGCAGAAAUCCUCAGUGACACCACCCAUCUGCAGCGCUCCCAGUCUCUCCCUUACGCCUCCACGGCCCCGUUAGGCUAUGGAUCGGACGAUAAGAAUGCACUUGGCCCACCGGCCUUGACGGAGAGGGAGGUCUAUCGGCUAGAAAAAUUUAGGCAGCUUCUGGCGGGUCCCAACACGGAUCUUGAGGAAUUAAGAAAAUUGAGUUGGUCUGGAAUUCCCAAGCAAGUCCGUCCAAUAACCUGGAAACUCCUUUCGGGUUACCUACCUGCGAAUGUGGAUCGGAGAGAAGGCACCCUGCGGAGAAAGCAAAAGGAAUAUUUUGCUUUUAUUGACCAAUAUUAUGAUUCUCGGAAUGAUGAAGCUCACCAGGACACCUACAGACAGAUUUUUGAAAGAAUCUUGUUUAUCUGGGCCAUCCGUCACCCUGCCAGCGGCUAUGUUCAGGGAAUCAACGACCUCGUCACCCCCUUCUUCGUGGUCUUCAUUUGUGAACACAUAGAAGAAGAAGUGGAAAAUGUGGAUGUUUCCUGUGUGCCGGCAGAGGUGCUGCGGAACAUCGAAGCUGACAGCUACUGGUGUCUGAGCAAGCUGCUGGAUGGUAUUCAGGAUAACUACACCUUUGCCCAGCCUGGCAUCCAGAUGAAAGUGCGUCUGUUGGAGGAGCUCGUCGGCCGGAUUGAUGAACAAGUGCAUCGGCAUCUAGAACAGCACGAGGUGAAGUACCUGCAGUUUGCCUUCCGGUGGAUGAACAAUUUGCUGAUGAGAGAGAUGCCACUGCGCUGCACCGUCAGGCUCUGGGACACCUACCAGUCUGAACCCGAGGGUUUUUCUCACUUCCAUUUGUACGUCUGUGCGGCUUUCCUCGUGAGAUGGAGAAAAAAGAUUUUAGAAGAAAAAGAUUUCCAAGAGCUGCUCAUCUUCCUCCAGAACUUGCCUACGGCCCACUGGGGAAAUGAGGAAGUCAGCGUUCUCCUGGCGGAGGCCUACCGCCUCAAGUUCGCCUUUGCCGAUGCUCCAAAUCACUAUAAGAAAUGAGCCUGCCGGGGCCGGGGGCGGCGCUCCCACAGGCUUGUUCUGGAGUAACAUACUUUUCAUUCUGGUUUGCACAUUUCCCGACUUACUAAUUGUGGCAUAUUUUUGUAAAGUGCGCAUUAGGGCCGUGUCUACGCUGGCCGAGGACAGUCGCUAACUCGGAAAGCUGCCUGGGGCCGAGAGAAAAGUGACCCACCGAGGGCGGCCAUCUUCCUACACACACUAGAAAGCACAGGACCUCGGCCCAUGUAGACGCAGCUUAGAGAGUCUCGCUUCUUGCAACGGAAAUGGAGAGGGAUCCCGAGAUACCAAAGAGAGAAGAUAAGAUGGACACCUCCCGUCAUGUGAGCUUCCAUGCACGGGGAAGUCCCCGUCCACGGCCAGCCUCAGGGCAGGCCUGGACCAGCCCCCGCAAGGCUCCUUCUCUCCUGGGGGGAGGUCCCCGUCCCCCUCCCUGGGUUGUUUUCAGCCCGACGUCUCAUCGCCAAACCCACUAUCGCCCCUCCCCCCACCCUGGGCUCAGAGAUCACCCAAGGGGGGCAUCAUUCUGAGGGAAGUUGAGGCAGCCAGGAGAGAGUGUUGCUUAGGAUUCCCUUGGGAGCGCUUGCUUUUGUCAGCUCUGUAGUAGAUGUAUUUUCAAACUGGAAAGUUCUAUUCUACUAAAAGUAAAUGAAAAUUAAAAAAACAA